CUUUGGUCCGCGAUGGGCUAAAUUGAUAAGGGGGCACAUCCAAAUACCAUCCCCACCUCAAGUUCUCAGCCCAUAGUUUCGCACCAAGAUUCGCGCUGUGUUUGCGCCGAUAGACUACUUCACACUAAUGCACUUGAUAGCAGUUGGCCUCGAUAGUUGCUUGCCUGGGAAUCUAUAGUGACGUAAUAAUCUCGUAACAGGUGACUUUUGGCUGAGCUCUGUACAGAGCAGUGGUGUUGGUAGAAAAGUACGGCAAUUUGAAUGAUAGCUUUAAAGAAUGUUUACAAAGGUUUUGUUUGCGAAGGAACAACGUUAUAAGGACUAUAAACCAUAUAGAGCCCCGAAAUGGCCUCAACAGUAAUCAGAUAUUCUGAUUUACCCCGUGAUAAAUGGAACCAAGACCCGGUUUACAAGUCCUAUGUCAGACUCUAUAUCAGUGAUAUCACGGAGAUGGAACCCUACAGUACAGGACCAAGUGCAGAUGCAUUUGCUUACAAGAACCAUCCCAUCUACAGAGUUGACGUGAUGGGAAUCGUCGUCAGCAUUGCAGAGAAAGAACGAUUCUUCAAUUAUGCUGUUGAUGAUGGAACAGGAGUUAUACAGUGUUGCUGUUGGAAACCUAAGCGAGAUGAAAGAUCACAUAAUAUUCAUCAAACAUCCAUUGGAGAUGCAGAAGGCGAACUUGCUGCAUCCCUUUUUAAGAGAAUGGAAGAUUCCACUCAAGAAGUGCUAACGUCAUAUGAGCUGGGUGAUCUCAUUCAUGUUCGGGGAAGGCUAAAAUUAUUCAGAGGGAACAUCGAGGUGUCUGCAUCCUAUUUCAGGAAAAUUCAAGACCCUAGCUACCAGACGGAGAUGAAGAGAAUGGAGGAGAUACCUAUUCUCUACCAGUCUGUGUAUGAUCUUCCGUUUGUCUCAGAAGGUGGUCCCCGCGUCAGUGCAUUAGAGGAUAAAACUGCUCUCAAAAGAGAGGUUCAGCUGAUUGGGGAAGUGCAUAUAAAGUUGCUGAAGCUCCUGCAGGAAAAGAUCAUUCAGAACUUUUAUCUUCAUGAGCUUGAAACAGUGGCUGAACUGUUGGAAAUAGCAUCAUUACCUUGCCAUGAAUAUCAAGAGGAUGCAGAUAGACCACAUCAACGAGGCAGACAGAUAAAGAAUGUCUUCAAGAAUGUUACUGAGAAGCUGGAGAAUGAUGGGAUGGUUUUCAGGAGUAGCACAGAACAUGGACUUUAUCAGGCUGUGCCAGGAAACUUCCGGCUGAAUGAAAGUAUAUUAGAGAUACUGAGAGAAGAUUGCCAACACCCGAAAUUUGAAGGUGGAUGUCAUUACAUGCAUGUAACUGAUAGACUACGUAAUCACCCUGGCUAUGAGAACAUCGGCCCUGAUGCAGUGAAGGAAGCCCUCUCUUGGUUGGAAUCAAACAGUGAAGUCAUCAGCACCACUUCAAAACAUUACAUGGCCAUAACUUGAGAGAAUCUACCACUUUUAUUGUCUCAUUUGGCAUGGACCAGAAGAAGACAGUGAAGAUAACAUGGAUAAUAGGAGGAGAGAAAGGAGUAUUCUGAAAGAUGGUUUAAAAGUAGAGCCAUGGUUGAAAUAUCUGAUAAAUUAUUGAAAUCACUGUCUUGUGUUUAGCUAGUGAGUAGCAAGAAAAGGGCAAUACUUGUGAAGAUGAAUAAUAAACAAACAAGCAGACAAUUUUACUCUGCAGGAUAAGACAAAUCGCAUAUGAAAUAAACAAUAACGUAGUGAUGCAAUGGAGUGUUGUGACCCAGUGGAUCAGUCUCUAGACCUUGAAAACAGAGGGUUGUUGGUUUGGAUCCCAGUCAUAGGGUAAUUACCUUCAACAAGAAAUUUACCCACACCGUGCUGCACUCAACCCAGGUAAGUCAAAUGGGUAUCGGCAUGAAGUAAUUCCUCAAAAUGCUGUUAUCACUUGAAUCUGUAGCUGAGCUUAUUUAGGGUAAUAUAGGAGUGCCUUGAGCACCCAACAUGGUGAAUAUGUGCACUAUAACCUAUACCAUUUAUAUUAUUAUUAUUAUUAUAAUUGACUGUGAGCACUCACCAAAAGACCAUGGACAAGGCAUGAUGAGAAGCCUGCAUGGUUUAGAUUUGUGCAAACCCAGCUGACCAUAUAUGAGAAGUAUUGGUGAAUCUUAAAAAGCAGUAUCAUUUAUAUACAGCCAGCUUGUAACCACAUUAAUACACAACUGAAAUAUGCAAUGAAUACCUAGGUUUGAUUGGAGUUUGUAUUUGUUAGAUUAGGAUGAAAGUGUAUUUUAUGAUCAGUACGCUGCGAUGAACAGCAAGCCCCAACAUUGUUUUUAGGGAUGAUAGCACUCUUGGCAGUGGAUCAUUGUGGCCCAGUGGAUUAGUCUCUGGACUCUGAAACACAGGGUCGUGGGUUUGAAUCCCAGCCAUGGCGCAAUUUCCUUCAGCAAGAAAUUGAUCCACAAUGUGCUGCACUCAACCUAGGUGAGGUAAAUGGGUACCUGGCAGGAAUUUAUUCCUUGAAACGCAGCGCGUGUAACAGCUGCACUGCUAAAGUCAGGGUAAUUAUGCUGCAUAUACUGUAGAGCGCUUAGAGACUUCUGACAAAGAAGCAAGUAUAAUUAUUAUUAUUAUUAUUGGCUAGUAACUUAGCCCAAAGGUUCCAUUUACACAAAGGUUUACAAUUAAUCAAUUACCAGUAAUGUUGAUGGCCGAUCAAGAUCCAUUUUGCUUGCACAUUAAGUUGAAAUACUGAAGAGGAUCGAUACAGAAUUAUUCUUUCUUUUUUAUUUGCAACCUAGUGGGUCUCAGAAAUGUGUUCAUGAUGGUGUACAGCAUAAACGCAAUUUUGCUGUUUAUUUUUCUUUGUAAAAGUACAGAUUGGAAUUGUUUUUGAAGUCUUUCUCUCCAUGAAAGAAAAAAGGAAAAGGUACUUGAGAGCAUAUCAAAACAAUCGCUUCUGUGGAAUUCAGUACAAUUAAUGAUGAAAGUUUUAAUUUGUAGUGAUUUUAUUUGUGGAAGUUGUAAUAGAUUGCUGAUUUUUUCUUGAGAAUUCGUCCACUGAUUGUGUGAAGGCUGGAACUAAGUUUCUGAUCGGAAAUAACAUUUAGUAAGCUGGAUAAGUUCGAACCAGCCUUAAAGUGUGGCCAGCCAUAAUAAAAAACAAAACAAAAACAUGUGCUGAGAAACUAUUUACAUACAAAUUUCAGUAUUCUGUAAAGGAUAUACGUAAUAAAGGAUUUAACAAGUACAGUCUUUCCAUUUUCUGAAAUAUUAUUUGAGAUAUGUCACCUUGAAAAUAAAAUUUAAACUGUAACCAUUGUCACUAUGCAAGACAUGUACAUGGUGUGAAGCAAGGGUCGUGAAGUGAUUAUAUUCCUUAGUUUAGUUAACUUUGACCUCUGUUGUGGUGGCCUUAUUCUUUUCGUUUUCCUAAUGAGUCAUAGAAUCUUUACACAACUUUUUGAUGAGUCCAUUAGUUUUGGCUUUCUAGGAUUUUCUCUGAACAAUGGUGAUAGGCCAUUUUCUGUGUUUGCCCCAAAAUAUUGGAAUAGAUUACCCCCUAAGCUUAGACAAUGUUCUUCUAUUGAUGUGUUUAAGAAGAUGCUUAAAUCUCAUUUGUUUUAAUAAAUUGCAAGUAGUGUUUCAUUUUGUGUAGUUUUGACCAAUCGUAUUUGUUUUGUCAUUUGUACAGUGCUUUGUAACUUUUGAAAAAGCACUUGAUAAGAAGUAAUUAUUAUAAAAAUCAAUCAAGUGCUAUAUUUGACUUGGAAAGCGCCCUCUUGGGUUUUAACAACGGCAUGGUAGUCCACACGGCGAUGUGGCCUGUAAAACAAGAUGCAUGGGGAAGUAACAUAUUGGUGCCGAGGUUCAAGGGUCGAGCCCUAACAUAAUUCACCUACUUUGAAAUAAUUGUUGUAAUGUUGUAUUUUCAAGUGAUUAGUUUAUAGUUGUUGAUUUCAUCAUAAUUUCAAAACAGUUAUACAAUUUAAUUUUCCGUUUUUCCUCACAUUAAUACUAAUUUGUGAAAGUUGGUAAAAGAUCAUUCAAACGUACAAGUUCCUGAAAUUUUGUUGAAAUUUUAACUUGAUAUUUUGUUAUUUAUUGCUAAUUUUUUCUUUUAAAUGCAUUUCAUGGGGUUUUACAAUUAUUUUUCUCUCUGCAAAAUAUAUAGAGUUCGUUAUCUUAUUGCCACGACAAUUUUCCUCAUAUACAAAUAAAUUGGGGCGGAAUUUGGCAAAAAAGUAUUUCAAAAGGGACAGCCUGAAAUUUGCCAUAUAUGAAUUUAUUUUGUAUAUUUUAAUUUGCUCUAUAAUUUUCAUGCAUUUUAUUUGGGAGCUAUUUGAAUACAAGUUUUCUCUUGACAGGAAUUUAAUACUUUGUUGCUACUUGUUAUUUCAUUUAAAUUUUUUAUAUAUUUGUUAUUAGCAUGACUCUUUGCUAAUGUUUUUCAUUAAACUAACCACAUGCAAUAUCAUCAUUAAACCAUGAAGAGUGAUUUCCACUGUGGUUGAAGGUAUGAUAGAUCCAUUAUAAAAUAUUCCAGUUACCAUUAUUAUUAUGAAGGGAUUGUGGAUUGGGAAAGAGAUCGGAUUGAAGAUAAGAUUUUUUUUUAAAGAUAAUACAGGGAUAACAGAAUGAGAGUGAUUUAAGGCCUGGCUUGGUCGGGGAAAUAAAUGUAAAUCGAUACAAAGUAGAAAGAAUGCAAUUAACAGGCUGAAACUUUCUAUAGCAAGUGAAUUACAAAACUAAAGUUAGAUCGAUAUUAGUUUCAUUUACAAGAAGUCGUUACCCUGAAAAUCAUUUAUGAUUGUGAUGUUUCAGUUAAUAUGUUAUAAAUGAUACACACUUGACAAAUUUA